AUAGGUGCCUGAUAAUGGAAGAUGUAAACUGGGAACAAAAGCUCCAAACCCUGACACACAUCCUAACAAGCCCCACGACGUCGCCACCGCUUCACUCUCAGUUCUUCGUCUCUAAACAGAUCCCAUGCUAUCUCAACUGGGACUACCCUCCGGUCCUCUGCACCAAACCCAACUCCGAGACCUUCCCAUCUCUCCACCUCCGAUGGGGUUUCUCUCUCUUCCUCAAAAGGGUCUCCAGACUCGGGCUCCCUGAGACAUCCUGGUGGUGCAAGUGCCCGUACCAGCAGCCUCCACCGUUGAUUCUGGCAAAGGGAGUGGAGGAGGCACGGUGGGACGACGAUCAAAGGAGAGAGUAUGCCCUGAGGCGGUUGAGACGGAAACGCCUAGUCAGUAAUGUCCAUCCCGCUAUUCCUAUUUUAGUUCCAAAUUUGAUAGCCAUUUUACUUCUGUUUUUUCAUCCAGUUCCCCCACUGGAUUGAUGCCUGUAAAAUUCAGAUGGGAUUGUGUAGAAAUUUGGUUGAAAAUGCACUGAAAGAUCUCUACCUGAAUUCAUUUCAUUUGAAGUUAACAGGAGUUUCCCCCUCUGCUGAAGGGUGCAUUUGGCCUUUUACUUUUAAGUUCUUACGUUAUGAAGAUUUUAACCCAUUAAUUGAAAAUUUUAGGAUCUUAACUUUUAAAUCAUCGGAAUCAAUUAAUUUUUUUAUU